AUGUCUGAGACUGGUUUCCCCGCAAAAUCUCUGGAUACUUCCCUCUGGCAGAACAGGAAAUGUCUUCUAAUUUGCCUGUACAUCGCCAUGGCCAACUUGCAAUACGGCUUCGACAGCUCCGCCGUUGGUGCGCUUCAGGCUAUGCCCGGGUUUUUGAAGGUCUUCGGUUAUCCAGACCCGACACUUCCCGGAGGUUAUGGCAUCGAUCCGACUUUUCAACGACUUAUAACCUCGCUCUUGACUCUUGGAGCAUUUAUCUCUAGCCUACUCACGGGGGCAUUUUCCGUCUACUUUGGCCGGAGACUAGGUCUAGUUAUUGCCAGUCUGCUGGGCGUCGUCGGCGUUAUCGUUCAGAUUGUCUCGACCACGAAAGGGGUUUUAUAUUUUGGUCGGCUCGUUCUUGGACUAUCCAAUGGACUUCUUGCAACAUGUUCCACCAUAUAUCUUUCAGAAGUUGCGCCAGCCCAUCUUCGAGGCUUAGCUGUUGGUCUUUUCACCUUUUGGAUCCUCAUGGGUAAUGUUCUCGGUACAGCUGUGGAUUAUGCCACGUUAACAAGGCUCGGUAAAAGUUCUUACCAGAUCCCGCUCGCUUGUCUGUUUAUUAUACCAAUUCUAUUGGGCACCGGAGCUUGGUUUGUGCCCGAAUCUCCGCGCUAUCUUCUCUAUAAUUCAAAGAACGAAGCUGCCCGCAAAGCCCUGGAACGAUUGCGAGGAUCCAAUAUACCUCGUGAACAUAUUGAACUCGAGUGGGCGGAAAUGCUACGAGGCGUGCAUGAAGAGAACAGAGUCCACCAGGAGACCAAGUGGACAGAUAUGUUUCGAGGGGUUGACCUUCGCCGCACCUUGCUGUGUCAUGGAAUGAUGGCCAUUCAGACGGCAGCAGGGGUUUGGCUCGUGGUGGUUUAUCAGACCUACUUCUUCUCCAUCAAUGGAGUAGCUAACGCUUUCGGAUACAGUAUUAUGAAUAAUUGUCUUGGUUUUGCAGCAACCAUGCUUGGACUAUUCCUCCUGCGAUAUGUGGGCCGUAGGGUCAUCCUCUUGGUGGGCACUUCGGUAGGUGGGCUCUGUAUGCUCGCAACUGCAAUUCCCUGGAGUGUUUCAGCAAACAGCUCCACGAGAGAAAAGGUCUUGAUCGGCUUUUGGGCGGUUUUCUAUUUUUUUUACUCUGGUUCCAUUGGGACAUUGUCAUAUCCAGUUGCGACUGAGAUCGUCAGCAACAAACUAAGAGCCUGGACGGUGGGGAGCGCAACAUCACUCGGAUUCGUCCUUGCCUGGGCAUGCAGCUUUUUCACUCCUUAUUUCAUCAAUCCUACAGAGCUCAAUUGGGGAGCCAAGUAUGACUAUAUCUGGGCCGGCGGGAGUUUUGCGGCCUUUCUGUUUGUGUUCUUUUUCGUUCCGGAAUUGAAAGGCCGAUCUCUCGAGGAAGUUGACCAACUCUUUCUUGAGAAAGUUUCAGUUCGAGAGUUCCCUAAGUACCACUGCACGAUCUUGGAUCAGGCUCUCCAUGACGUUCAGCUCAACACAGGCCUGUUCAAGGCCAACAUUGAGGUGGCCCACAUCGACAAUGCCCACGAGCACAUUUAG